AAGGGUAUUGAGUUUAUGAGGUGCAAAAUCUUCAACAGCACUGACAAUAAGGCCCUUUCCCAGAAUACUGGGAACUCACAAGCACAUACACAACAGCAUAAACAAACAACCAAAACAAUGGCAUUCAGAGGAGUUUCUUCUUCUGCUGCUUCAUAUUUCAGAGCAACUCACAGAUACCCUUCUUCUCUUCUCUCUAUUUCUCAACAUCUCAAUCACAAUUUCCAUCUUCCUCCUCAAAGAUUCACCCCUCUUCCACUCCAUCAAUCUGGAACCAAAUUUCCAAUCCGGGCUGUAAGUGAAGCACCAGCUGCAGAUCCUAUAACUCCAAAGAAGGAAGAUGAUGGAUCAUCAUCAUCUUCACCCCAAAAUUGGAAGAUCAAAAUGCUUUAUGAUGGUGAUUGCCCACUUUGUAUGCGUGAGGUCAAUAUGCUUAGGGAUAGGAAUGAACGGUAUGGUACCAUCAAGUUUGUUGAUAUAAGCUCGGAUGAUUACUCCCCGGAGGAGAAUGAAGGGCUUGACUAUAAAACUGUUAUGGGAAGAAUUCACGCAAUCCUCUCUGAUGGAACCGUUGUCACUGAUGUUGAAGCAUUUAGAAAGCUAUAUGAACAAGUUGGGCUUGGAUGGGUUUAUGCCAUAACCAAGUAUGAACCUAUAGCAACAAUAGCUGAUUCGGUAUAUGGUGUUUGGGCAAAAUACCGUCUCCAAAUUACAGGCCGACCACCUUUAGACAAGAUAAUGGAAGCACGGAAGAGCAAGGGUGAAGUCUGUAAUGAUAGCAAGGCUUGUAAGAUGUCAGCCGAGUCUAACAGAAAGGCAUGAAGAUUUCCUCCCUUUUGCCCUAUCAUUGUUCUCUGUCAGUCUGCCUUAGAAGAAAAGGAAAAGGAAAACAAAUUUAUACUCCCUCUAAUUCUCAGCGAGAUCUCAUCACAGGAAUGUAAAUGUAAAUUUUCGAGCUUAUACAUAUUUAUUAAUUAGAUUUACACUAUCAAAUACUAGAAUAAAAACCGGGCCCCUUUUAUCUGGAAAUCACUCACGCCCUUGGAAAGUUUGAACUGUGUUGAACUUCUAACUCAAUAGAAGUUGCUGAUAUGUGUUACAGUGAGACCAUCCAUUGAUGGUUGUCAUCAAGUUUAUAGGAUUCAACAGAAGUAUUAUUGUAAAGACCCAUAAAAUACAAUAUCAUUAUUCUUUACAUA